AAAAUGACACCUUUUAUUGGCUAACUAGAAAGAUUACAAUAUGCAAGCUUUCGAGGCAACUCAGGCCCCUUCUUCAGGCAAGAUGUUAAGAAGAGUGAAUGAGGUGCAGGCGACCAAUGUAAUGUUGGCGUUCUGGAGUCUUUUUUAAAAAUAAUUCUAGAACAUUUGGUGGACUGAAAAAUCAGAGAUGCAUUGGCAGUAAGAAGUCACUAAGACAGACGCUUCAAGUAUUGCCUGGAAACCCACGGAGCCACGGCGACGGGCUGCCAAUUGCUUGUAUUCUCUGUUCUGUGGGCGACUGCUGCUGACAAACCAGAGGUCGUAGCCUCUCUUCGCCUCAACAACCCACAAGUGACGGAGAAGAAAGACACCGUGGGUCGAACCCCAGGGACUGGACGACAGAGCAGUGUGACAUCCUGCAAACGUAGACCCUGGACUUUAUUUCUUUGAAAAGGUUUGCUUUCCUGCAUCGAUCCUGACCCUGUGAUAUGAUAUUUACUUUGCUUAUUUGGGAAUGACAACUCUGGAGGUGUCAAACCAACCCUCUUGAUAACUCUGGAUGCUACGUACUUGGUCGAGACAGCCUUUUUCAAUGGCGUGCAGUCUAAAGGAUGAGUUGCUUUGCUCCAUCUGUCUGAGCAUUUAUCAGGACCCGGUGAGUUUUGGCUGCGAGCACUAUUUCUGUCGAAAGUGCAUCACGGAGCACUGGAGCAGGCAAGAGCCCCAUGGGGCCCGAGACUGCCCUGAAUGCCGCAGGACUUUUGCUGACCCGCUACUCUCGCCAAGUCUCAAACUGUCAAACAUUGUUGAACGAUAUUCUGCCUUCCCGCUGGAUGCCAUUCUUAAUGCUCAGAGGACCACAUACCCUUGCAAGGACCAUGAGAAGGUGAAGCUCUUCUGCCUGAGUGAUAAGAGUUUAGUCUGCUUUUUCUGUGAUGAGCCCGCCCUACAUGAACAGCACCAGGUGACCAGCAUUGACGAGGCCUUCGACGAGAUUCAGAGGGAGAUGAAGGAACAGCUCAUUGCCCUGCAGGACAGUGAGGUGGGCCACACGGAAGCAUUGCAGCUGCUGCAAAGACAACUAACAGAAACAAAGUCCUCAGCCAAGAGCUUACGAGCAACCAUCGCUGAAGCCUUUGAACGUCUGCACCGUUUCCUGAGGGAACGCCAGAAGCAGAUGCUGGAAGAACUAGAGACUGACACAGCUCGGACACUGAAUGAUAUAGAGCAGAAAAUCCAGCGCUAUAGCCAGCAGCUACGGGACGUACAGGAGGGCAUUCAGAUACUCCAAGAAAAACUGGGAGAGACUGACAAACAUGGCUUUCUUGAAGGUGUAGCCUUGACGUCCAAAAGGGUAAAAGGCAAAAUCCAUGAAACAAAUCUCACAUAUGAAGACUUCCCCACACCCAAGUACAUGGGCCCCCUGCAGUACACGAUCUGGAAGUCCCUGUACCAGGACAUCUCUCCAGUGCCUGCUGCGCUGACUCUGGAUCCCAUCACUGCCCACCAGAGGCUGAUAUUGUCUGAUGACUGUACCAUUGUGGCAUAUGGUAACCUGCACCCACAACCCCUCCAGGACUCUCCUCGCCGAUUUGAUGUUGAGGUGUCUGUCCUUGGCUCUGAAGGCUUCUCAGGGGGCAUCCAUUACUGGGAGGUGAUGGUAUCUGAGAAGACUCAGUGGAUGAUUGGUGUAGCUCAUGAAGCAGUGAGCCGGAAGGGCAGCAUCCAGAUACAGCCGAGUAGAGGCUUCUUCUGCAUUGUGAUGCAUGAUGGAAACCAGUACAGUGCCUGCACUGAGCCCUGGACCCGGCUGAAUGUGAAAAGCAAACUGGAGAAGGUGGGCGUCUUCUUAGACCAUGCCAAGGGCCUACUUAUCUUUUACAAUGCUGAUGACAUGUCCUGGUUGUAUACUUUCCGGGAGAAAUUCCCUGGCAAGCUCUACCCAUACUUCAGCCCUGGGCAGAGUCAUGCCAAUGGAAAGAAUGUUCAGCCGUUGCGGAUUAACACAGUUCGACUUUAAAGAGAGUACUGCUGGUGUCUUGGGGAUCCUGGGUUGUGCUUUUCUCUGUUGCUGCUGGGAUGGGUUUCUAGUCAUAUCUAAAUAUAAAUAUAUAUAUAUGUAUUUGUGUGUGUGUGUGUGUGUUUAGAAUUCAGGUUUAAAAGCAUGGACCUGUUUAAUUCUACUUGACCAGAUGGACUUGCUGGGUGUGAUGGUGAUGGUGAGCAGAAACAAUGACAACAACUCUUCCUCUACUUGUGUGGUCCUACAAGCAGCAUCUUCCAGCUUUUCUUCUCAAGGAUAUCAUAGGGCCACACACUUCAUGCAUUAAUCCCACAAAACACAUGUGCCUUCCUCCUGCAUGCUCUUCCGUGGGUCCGUGUCGAAUAAAGCUGGAGGGCUGCUUGUCUGUGUACUUACCACCUUCACUCCCAUCUCUUGCUCUUUGCACUCUGAGGCACCAUCUUGUUAGUUUGUACCUAUUUUGUUGCCGCUGUCUCCUCAGGCUCUGAACCAUUAAUUUGACUGCUGACCCCUUUGACCCUUUUUUUCAAAAGAAGGACCCAAAUAUUCCCAGAACAUAAUGCUACUUGGUCUCUGCUUUACCACCAACUGCUGGUCUGGGUUGAUUUUCUUUUCUAAUAUAUGAUGGUGUUGCUGCUUUUUAUUGUGUCUGACUGGAGGAGUGGGGUGGUCCUGCUCGGCUGCUGAUUAGACCACAGCGUAGUCUUAAAACUGAUCUGAGUAGCACUUGAAGUGGUCGAGCUGGGGAUGACAUACUCUCCUAUUCUCUUCUUGCACAACAUGACAGCUAAGACAAAAAAAAAAUAUUUUCAAGGCAAAUAAAAGAAAUUAAAACAGGACUCUUGUUUGUGUUUUUAAUUGAAAACCAGGAGCUAAAGGCUGCAGCUUGCAGGCUUGGAGUUAGGUGGCCUUGGGAUGCUAUGGGUGAGGAUUGGGAACACUGGUGUGUGUGAGUGUGACCACUGAAGUGUAUUGUAGGGCUGUUUGGUGACCCUGAUUGGCUCAUCUGGCUAAGACACAUCCCCAGUAAAUGUAUCGGUAAUGGCCGAGAACCAAAGCUGCAGAAGCUCAUCUGCCAGCCAGAGCACCAGGGGUGCCUGUGAAGGCCCAGAGAGGGAACACAAGCUUCCUGGAGCAUCGAUUAGCAGAAUGAAGAGCCCCGAGAGAUGAGCCUAGUGUGCUGUGCUUUGGCAGCAUCUCCAGCUUAAUGAGAGCUAACUGCACCCGUGAGGAUCUGGCUGCAGCUGUCCCGUUAUUAAUUGUUUUCCUAAUCACAAGCUGUCUUGGACAGGACUACAGGGCUGGCAUCAGAGAGUGAGAAGCCACAAGUGUCAGCAGAGACAGGUAGUUUAGCUCUCCACGGGCCUGUCUGUACAGCAGUUGCCAGUUCGUCCUGCAGACGAUUACAACUUUCCCACAAUUCACAGACAUAACCUUCAUCUGACUGCAAAGGGAAACUGUGUACCACAGAUAUUAAGAAAAAGUACAACUCCCCCGACCCCAUCCAUCAAGAUAAGCCCACUGCAACAUUAAAUAUAUGUUGUGAGGCAUUUGCAGCUGCUGAAGGGCUGAGCACAAAUUAAAGGAUUGUUUAAAAAAAAAAAAAAAAAAA